GCAGACCGGCCGGAGCGAUCUGAGCGAAGGGAAAGAGCCACCCGCUCCACCGCCCGCCAGCCAGCGCGCCUUCCCCGCCGGAGCUGCGAGCCGGCAUGGAGCCCAACAGUCCCCGCAAGAUCCAGUUCACGAUGCCGCUGCUGGAGCCUCAUCUGGACCCGGAGGCGGCGGAGCAGAUCCGAAGACGCCGCCCGACCCCUGCUACCUUGGUCCUGAGCAGUGACCAGUCCUCACCAGAAAUUGAUGAAGAUCGACUCCCCAACCCUCUGUUGAAGCCGGGUCUGUCCAUGUCUCCGAGGCAGAGGAAGAAAGUCUCCCGUACAACCCCCACCAUGAAAGAGCUCCAGAUGAUGGUAGAGCACCAUCUCUGCAAGCAGCAGGGGGACGAGGAGGACAUCAGCACCGGCAGCCAGGAGCCACACAGUCCGAGCUGCUGCCCUCAUGCCAACUCAGAGCCGGGCCACAGUCCUGGGAGUUGCCCCUUGGCCAAAGCUCAUGCCGAGCUGGAAACGAAGCAGGAUGAGCACUACGGGCUGGAAGAACAAGGAAGAAUCACAGGCGACUGCUGCUCAGAGAAACCUGGCAACGGGAGGCCAGUGCUGUUCUCAGAGACACAAGGGGUCCAUAUACCACCGAAGGGGAAGGACGGGCUGGCCAAGGAGUGAUGCUCUGCUUCAAGUGCAGCGGGUCGCUUCUGAACACAGAAAGACAGGGCUGGUGCCCGCUUAAUGGAAUAUCACACAGCUGUUUUUCUUUUCUUUUGUAAAAAAAAAUGAUUGGUUUUUUUUUUAAUAGUUCAAUGACUGUCCAGAUGUUCGUAAUGUUUUCUUUUUUAAAAAAGAAAAAAAAAGAAAAGAUCAAACAGCCCAAGAGCAAGGUUAUAUGUAAGUAGGACGUUAUUCAUCCUUGGCUAGUAGGGUUGUUUUUAUUUUAUUUUUUUAGUCAGAGCGGGGAGCGGUCUCCCGUGGUCUCCUGCCUAACCCUAGUCUUGCUGCCACAAACAGCCACUGGAGGCAUGUUACAGGAGGAAGCUGCGCAACUGAACAUGCCUCCCUUUCAAAACAAAACAAAAAUCUCCUCACAGAAAACUAGGGUGAAGAAUUGUGGCCCAGCUGUUUGUUCUAUGUGCAAGAACUUUGGGGAGAGGGAGCAUGCAGGCUCUGAAGCCCCCAACCUUCAGUCUGAAGUGACUGGCACCAGCUUUCUAGCUGCCCGUUUCACAAGGCCUCGUUUUCCAAUACAGUGUGACAGAGGUGUUUUUAUAGCUAUGUCCUUCUCCUCCAACUCUUAACAUUGCUUUCUAUGCCCGCCCUGCCUUGUUCUUGGUGGGACAAUCCAUGCCACUUCCCACAGUGCCUUGGGAGAAACCAAGGACUGGGAAUAGCGGGAAAAGGGUGGUUAACAGGCUGCCACUGCUCUCCAAUUAACGCCACCCUAAUUAACAAACACUAUCAGUGGAAGGGGACUUCAUUAGGCCUUGAGCUCUACUCAUUGCUAUGGUUACUGUCUUCUUUGUCAAAUAGUCCUAUGGGUUGAAAUGGGUCAGGCUGAACGAGAGGGUCUUCUUGCUCCCUUUGCUCCCCACAACAUUGGGGAAUGGUGCUCCACAGCAAUGCCUUCUGGGACUGAAAAACAAUAGGUUCCCUCCUUUUGAAGCAAACAAGCAAUCCUUAGUGGUAAUAUGUAUCGAUGUUCCUUUUCUUUGAGUUACGAUAGAAGCGCUCCUUUUGUAAUAUGGUAACGAGUGCUUGAAAUAUCUGCGUCUUUGAGCUGGUCAGGUUCCUAUUAUCGUUCAUUUCUCCCCUGUCCGUAAAAGAAAACCCGGCAAAUGCUUCCCUUCUGCAGUAAGAGAACUGUUUCAGACAAGGCUCACAUGGGAAUUGCACAUCGGAAAUGUACAUAUGUUGAGGGAUCUGGCGUUAUGUGUGGGGCUGUGCGCUAAGCUGAAACCCAUCUGCUUGGGGUUUGUCAUUUGUUCAAGAACCUAAAGGCUCCAACCCCAGAUGAAGAGUCGGAGGUAGGUUAGAGAUGUGUAAGCAGUCACCAAGUUCCAGCAUGUGUCCCUGGAUCAUCGACGUGGUUUUACAGUGCCAGACCUCUUUUUCCUCUUGCAUACACAUGUGAAUUCUGCUUCUUUAUUAAAUGGGUCAGUUUUG